AGAAAUAGAUUUGUUUAGUCAUAUAAUAGUAUAUUGGACCCUUCCUAGAAUCUGCUCAUAACUAUAUAAAUACAAAAUAUUUGGAUGAGCAAUAACAACCAACUCCUACUCCCAACUCCAAUUCUUGCUAACUAACAAUGGACGAUUCCUUUAGCCGAAGAGCUUCGUGCGGACACCCUGAUUUGGAUCAGCAGUCGUACGACGGCAGCAGCCAUUACAGCCUCGCCACCGCUGUUCUUCCCGCUCUCGGCGCCAGAAGCAACCGCACACUCAAACUCCGCUCUUUCGUUAUCUCUCCUCAUCAUCACCGCUAUAGGGUUUGGGAGGCGUUUCUGGUUAUUUUGGUUAUCUACACGGCAUGGGCGUCUCCAUUUGAGCUCGGGUUUCUUGAUAGACCAAGGAGGCCUAUAUCUAUCUUGGACAAUGUCGUCAAUGGAUUCUUCGCAAUUGAUAUCAUCCUCACGUUCUUCGUAGCUUAUUUGGACAGAAGCACAUAUCUUUUUGUUGACAAUCAUAGGAAAAUUGCAAAGAAAUAUGCAACUUCUUGGUUGGCCUUUGAUGUGAUUUCCACAAUUCCUUCGGAACUUGUUUGGUAUGUUUCACCUCGGCCUUUAAAGGAAUAUGGCUUAUUCAACAUGCUUCGUCUCUGGCGUCUUAGACGAGUUAGUGCUCUGUUUGCUAGAGUGGAGAAAAAUAAGAAUUUUAACUAUUUUUGGGUGAGGUGUGCGAAGCUGAUAUGCGUUACUAUUUUUUCCGUUCAUUGUGCUGGAUGCUUCAAUUAUUUGCUUGCUACUCAUAAUGAUGAUCCAUCAAACACUUGGAUUGGUAAAUCAAUGCCUCCGGGAGUCGAUUUUCGCCAACUAAGUUUAUGGUUUCGGUAUGUUACUUCCAUGUAUUGGUCCAUCACAACCCUCUCCACCGUUGGCUAUGGAGACUUGCAUGCUGUGAAUUCAAAGGAGAUGUUGUUUGCCAUUUUCUACAUGCUCUUCAACCUCGGACUCACAGCAUAUUUGAUUGGAAAUAUGACGAAUUUGGUGGUUCAUGGCACUAGUAAGACCAGACAUUAUAGGGAUACAAUUCAAGCUGCUACGAGUUUUGCACAAAGGAACCAACUGCCUUCUCGCCUUCAAGAGCAGAUGAUCUCGCAUUUGUCGUUGAAGUUUAGAACUGACUCAGAGGGGCUUCAACGACAAGACACGCUCGAUUCACUUCCAAAGGCCAUUAGGUCGAGUAUCUCGCACCACCUUUUCCACCAUUUGGUUAAUAGGGUCUACUUGUUCCGUGAAGUCUCCAAUGACUUGGUCUUUCAGCUGGUUUCUGAGAUGAGGGCAGAAUAUUUCGCUCCCAAUGAAGAUGUGAUCUUGCAGAAUGAAGCGCCAACAGACUUUUAUAUUCUGGUCAAUGGGGCAGUGGAGCUAAUAGUCAUGAAAAAUGGAGCUCCACAUGUUGUUGGCGAGGCACGGACUGGUGAGCUUUGUGGCGAGAUUGGUGUACUUUGCUAUAGGCCUCAAUUGUUCACCGUGAGAACAAAAAAGUUAACUCAGCUAUUACGGCUGAACCGCACUACAUUUCUGAACAUUCUUCAAGCCAAUGUUGGAGAUGGGACAAUAAUCAUGAAUAACCUCCUGCAGCAUUUGAAGGAAGCGAAGGACCCGAUAAUGGAGGGGAUUUUGUUGGAUAUCGAGAAUAUGAUUGCACACGGAAGAAAGGAUCUGCCCCUCACCCUAUGUUUUGCAGCACUUAGAGGAGACGAAUCGUUGAUGCGUCAUUUGUUGAAGAGAGGUAUUGAUCCAAAUGAAUCAGACAAUAAUGGAAGAACAGCUCUGCACAUUGCAGCAUCUCAAGGAAAUGAAAAUUGUGUGCUUCUUUUGCUUAACUCUGGGGCUGAUCCCAACUGCAGAGAUUCAGAAGGAAGUGUACCACUGUGGGAGGCCUUGCUCGGGGACCAUAAACCGGUCAUCAAGCUACUCUCCGACAACGGUGCCAAAUUGUCCUCAGGAGACAUAGCCAUGUUUUCUUGCACAGCGGCAGAGAACAACGACCUGGAUCUUCUUAAAGAAAUCUCCUGUCGCGAUGGGGACGUGACCUGGCCGAACCAUGACGGCCCCCAAGCGCUUCACUUCGCUGUUUGUCAAGGCAACCUUGAAAUGGUCAAAUUUCUCCUCGACCAAGGCGCUGACUUGGACGUCGCGGAUGAAAAUGGCCUCACGUCGCGGGAACUAGCCGACCAGAAGGGCCACGACGACAUCAAGGAGCUCUUCGCCAAGAGCGAUGCUGACGAAAAAUCACGGCCUAAUGGCGCCCGUUUCUUGGGGAGAUUCAAGAGCGAUCCGAUCAUGUUACCUGUGAAUCACACGGGCGGAUCAUGGAUCAGGUCUCGGACGACGACGAGGCGGAGAAGAACCAGCAACUACAACAACUCUCUGUUUGGGAUCAUGAGGGCAGCUGCGCAGACCGGGGACGAUGCCUUGUUGUCCCCGGUGGCGCCUGCUGCCCGGAUCACGAUCACCUGCCCGGAGAAGGGAGACGUUGCUGGAAAGCUCGUGUUGCGCCCUCGUAGUUUCGAGGAGCUGAAGGAGAUUGGUGUGAAGAGAUAUGGUGCUCCCUUUGUGAGAGUGUUGAACCAAAAAGGAGCAGAGAUUGAUGAUAUUGAGGUGGUGAGAGACGGCGAUUAUGUGGCUUUCGCGAGCCAGUUAUAACAUAAUCAUCGGGAAUUUGGCGUCCAUGGGGAGAGUGACUGCGAAGUAGUCACCGUGUUUCCGUAGGUAAAUGGACUCCACAUUCCACUAACUCAUAGUAGGUGAACAGUAUUUGACAAUGUAUAUCUACUCCUAAUCGAUGGAGGUUGGAAAAGAUAUAGUACUUGUAGAUCAAUUAAAACUUUUUAGCAAUUUGUGCAUAAGAAAAUGAAAUGCAAAGUUUUGUUUUACUCUAA